AUGGCUUCGAGAAUCUCGACGCAAUUGCUAGUGCCUUUGGCGAGGUCGUCCGUUCGUUGUCGGGCUGCAUCCGCUCCCGUCUUCUCGGUUCUCGCCGGCCGACAUGCCAUCGCCACUCCUGCUCCAACGGAGCUUCAGAAACGGUAUAGCUCUCAUUCUCCGCUGGGGGCCACCUCGGCCAGUUCCCGGAAGAAGGUGACCAUGCAGACGUUACGGAACCUCUACAAGAAGGGUGAACCAAUUACGGUGCUUACGGCGCAUGACUUCCCCAGUGGUCAUGUCGCGGAGAUGGCGGGCAUGGACGUGGUCCUGGUCGGUGACAGCUUGGCUAUGGUCGCCCUCGGCAUGGAGGAUACAAGUGAGAUCCUCAUGGACGAGAUGUUGUUGCACUGUCGGAGUGUCGCACGUGCUGUCAAGAGUGCAUUCACGAUCGCCGAUCUCCCCAUGGGAUCUUAUGAAGUUUCCCCCGAGCAGGCUGUUCAGUCUGCCAUCCGCAUCGUGAAGGAGGGUCGCGUCCAGGCUAUAAAGCUCGAGGGUGGUGCUGAGAUGGCUCCGUCCAUCAAACGUAUCACGCAAGCUGGUAUCCCUGUGUGCGGUCACAUCGGGCUUACGCCUCAACGUCAACAUGCUCUUGGAGGAUUCCGGGUUCAGGGCAAAACGACGGCCAGCGCAGUGAGGCUUCUGAAGGAUGCUCUAGCUGUCCAAGAGGCUGGCGCAUUCAUGAUGGUUCUGGAGGCGGUGCCCGCUGAGAUUGCCGCCCUCAUCACGAAGAAGUUGCGUGUCCCCACGAUUGGCAUCGGUGCUGGAAACGGAUGUUCCGGACAAGUUCUGGUCCAGAUCGAUAUGACCGGAAACUAUCCCCCGGGCCGGUUCCUUCCCAAAUUUGUCAAGAAGUAUGGCGACGUCUGGGGAGAGGCUAUUAAGGGUAUCCAACAAUACCGUGACGAAGUCAAGAGCCGGGCGUAUCCUUCCGAAGAAUACACCUACCCCAUUGCGAAGGAGGAAUUGGCCGAAUUUGAAAAGGCCAUUGAGCAUUUUCACAAAGAAUAA